AUGUCAUCUACUGAAGAUUUAAGUGCCUUAUUUAACAAGUUGGGUCUUGAAGAUGUCAAGAUCAAAGAAAUCUUGAAAAACAAGAAAGUUUCCAAUUCAUUUGAAUCAAUUUUAAAAGAGUCUUCAAAUAUUGAAUAUCCUUUAGAUAAGACCAAGAGAUUAUUAUUACAUCAAUUAGCUAUUCUAUCAAAAGGUGAAACCAUCCCAAACCGUUCAUUAAUCACUGAAGGUAUUUUGAAUGAUGAAUUAAACACUUCACAAAGAGUUGAUGAAGCAUUCAAAUACGUUAAAGCUAAUGGUGAGUCAUCAACUAAAGAAGAAUUAAACAAAGUUAGUGGUGUUGGUAUUGUUGUUACUGAAGAUCAAGUUAAAAAUGAAGUUAGAAAUUACAUUCAAGCUAAUAAAUCUGAAAUUGAAGAGAAAAGAUAUCAAUUUUUACCAAAAAUCUUGGCUAAUGUUCGUACAAUUCCUGAAUUAAAAUGGGCAAAUCCAAGUUUAUUCAAACCUAUUAUUGAUGAAGAAUUAUUAAAAUUAUUAGGUCCAAAAGAUGAACGUGAUGUUGUCAAGAAGGAAAAAAAAUCCAAAAAACCAGCAGCAAAUACCACAACUUCAAAAGAUACAAAGAAAACUGAAGAACCUGUUAGAUCAAUGUUUACUGAAGGUUUCCUUGGAGAUCUACAUAAAGUUGGUGAAAAUCCUCAAAAAUACCCAGAAUUAAUGGUUGAACAUUUAAAAGCAUGUCAAAACCGUGUUCAAACUCGUUUCCCACCUGAACCUAAUGGUUUUUUACAUAUUGGACAUUCUAAAGCCAUUUUAGUUAAUUUUGGUUAUGCCAAACAUAAUGAUGGUGUUUGUUAUUUAAGAUAUGAUGAUACAAAUCCUGAAGCUGAGGAAGAUGUUUAUUUCAAGAGUAUUUUGAAGAUGGUUAAUUGGUUAGGUUUCAAACCAUGGAAGAUCACAUAUUCAUCAGAUUAUUUUGAUAAAUUGUAUGAAUUAGCUGAACAAUUGAUCAAAAACGAUCUAGCAUAUGUUUGUCAUGAUACCGCUGAGGAAAUUAAAAGAAGUCGUGGUAUUAAAGAAGAUGGUACACCAGGUGGUGAAAGAAUUCCAUCAAAAGAUCGUAAUAGACCAGUUGAAGAAAGUUUAGCAGAAUUUAGAAAAAUGAGAGAUGGUGCUUAUAAGCCAGGUGAAGCCACAUUAAGAAUGAAGCAAGAUUUAUCAUCACCAAAUCCUCAAAUGUGGGAUCUUAUCGCUUAUAGAGUGUUGAAUGCAGAACAUCCAAGAACUGGAGAUAAAUGGAAAAUUUAUCCAACUUAUGAUUUCACACACUGUUUGGUUGAUUCAUUUGAAAAUAUCACACAUAGUUUAUGUACUACUGAAUUUUAUCUAUCAAGAGAAAGUUAUGAAUGGUUAUGUGAUGCAUUACACGUUUAUAGACCUGCACAAAGAGAAUAUGGUCGUUUGAAUAUCACAGGUACUGUUUUAUCCAAGAGAAAGAUUGCUAAAUUAGUCAAUGAACAUUAUGUUCGUGGUUGGGAUGAUCCAAGAUUAUUUACAUUAGAAGCUAUUAAACGUCGUGGUGUCCCACCAGGUGCAAUUUUAACAUUUAUUAAUACAUUGGGUGUCACUACAAGUACAACUAAUAUUCAAGUUACAAGAUUUGAAAGUUCAAUUCGUAAAUUCUUGGAAGAUACUGUUCCAAGAUUGAUGUUAAUUUUAGAUCCAAUUGAAAUUGUUAUUGAUAAUGUUGAUGAUGAUUUUGAAUUAACUGUGGAAAUCCCAUAUAAACCUGGUAAUGAUAAAUUUGGUUCAAGAAAAGUUACAUUUGUUAAAACCAUUUAUAUCGAUAGAUCUGAUUUUAGUGAAGAUGAAACAGAUUCUGAAUUUUUCAGAUUAAAACCAAAUCAACCAGUUGGUUUAUUAAAAAUCCCUCAUAAUAUUAGUUUCAAAAAUUAUGAAAAGGAUUCAAAUGGUGCAAUCACUAAAAUCCAUGUUAAUUAUGAUGAUCAUGUUGUUAAAAAACCUAAAACUUUUAUUCAAUGGAUUCCAAAAUCUGCUAAACAUAAUUCACCAGUUAAGAUUAGUGAAACAAGAGUUUAUAAUCAAUUAUUUAAUAGUGAAAAUCCUUCAAGUCACCCAGAUGGAUUCUUAAAAGAUAUUAAUCCAAACAGUGAAGAAGUGUUUAAAAACUCAAUUGUGGAAUCAAAUUUCCAACAAGUUGUUUCAAAAUCACCAUGGAAUGUUGUUGAUGAAAGUAAUAAAGAAUUUAAUGUUGUUGAAGAUAAGGAAACUUCAGGACCUGAAAUUGUUAGAUUCCAAGCAUUAAGAGUUGGUUAUUUUGCAUUAGAUAAAGAUUCUACAGAUGAUAAGAUUGUCUUGAACAGAAUUGUCAGCUUGAAAGAGUCAAGUAAAUAG